UUUUGUAGUCCACGAACUUGGUCUCGUGACAGCUGCUGUUGCUAAUCAGCUGGUAGCAUCUACAACGUUCCUGCCUGCUAAUAUUGGCCAGCGAGCUUAAAUGAAAAAAAAACAUUCGCGAAAUAUCAUCAGCGAGCAGUGAAGGAAGAUGUUGUCUCGUUUACUGAAGGAGCACCAGGCGAAGCAAAGCGAGCGGAAGGACCUGCAGGAGAGACGCAGGCGAGAAGCUAUUGCCGCAGCCACCUGUCUGACAGAAGCCCUGGUGGACCACCUCAAUGUUGGGGUUGCCCAAGCAUACAUAAACCAACGUAAGCUCGACCAUGAGGUCAAAACUCUCCAAGUGCAGGCGAGCCAGUUCUCCAAACAAACUGCUCAGUGGAUCAGUAUGGUGGAGGGGUUCAAUCAGGCCCUAAAGGAAAUUGGGGAUGUGGAGAACUGGGCCCGCAGUAUUGAGAUGGACAUGAGGACUAUCGCCACAGCUCUGGAGUAUGUACACAAGGGUCAACUUCAGUCUGCUUCCUCAUAAACUUCAUGCAAGAAGUUCCCGGCUGAAACUAAAUACACUGGAAUUUAACAGAAUGUAACAAGAAUCUGGUCCUGUUGACCUGAAAGAUGCAAAACCUCAGUAUCAAGAAUGACUUUGCAUGUCUGCACACCCCUCUGAGCGAGCUAAUGCAGAUGGUGACGUUGUUCAGAGAAAUACAGAAAGUCUGUUGCAUUUGACAAUUAAGAUUCUUGUUUGUCGUUAGCUUUUGUAUUAAAUGAAAUGAAAUAGGUCUAACAUCUGUCUGGUAGUGAGGAUGUCUUCAUAAUAACAGAAAAUUUUGAGGUGAUAAGUUUCUGAAUACUUAAAAAUUAAGGAAAGCAGAGUAAGUAUGCAUUUGUAAAGGUGUUGAUUGCUUGCAAUAGGUUUAAAGCGGAUACAGACAAAUUUUCACACAUCUCCUUGUCUGUAGUUUCCCCUAAAAGCAUUUUUUGGAAGGCUUCUUUUCAGCACCUGAUAUCUGAAUUAUGUAUAUCAAUGUCUAGGUAUUAUAUGUCUAUGUACAAUAUGAACUGUACUGUUUUCAUCAGAUAACUUAACUUGAGGUUUAUCAUUUGAUGAUUGAACAUUUUUAAUAAAGUUUAAAAAAAAUGCA